AUGUUUCAAAUAUACUGAUGGAUGGGUGGACGUUACAAGAAAAAGAGGGUGCUGAAAAUGGUAAAUUUAUAACAAAGCGAUAUACGACGCCUUUAAAAGCACUUGAUAAGGAAGAUAUCAAAUUUCUUGUUACUUUUGAGUAUCAUAUUGCCUAUAACUUAAGCUAUGGCGUUCCCGUGCUCUGUUUUAAAGUAUGGAAGCAAGAUGGAUCAUUACUUUCGAUGGAGGAAUAUUGGGCUCUUAAUAAGGAUUUAAAGGAUUCAAACAUGUACGAUACGCUCACGCAGUUGGAUCAUCCAGUUUUAUGUCAGCCAUUCCUUACUCUUCACCCAUGUAGAACCCAAGAGAUCAUUCAACCAUUCUUAGGACAUAGCAAGAAUCUUGUUAUAUCGUGGUUGAGUGUUGUUGGACCAUUUGUACAUUUGACACUACCAGACCAAUAUUUGAAACAUUGUUAACGUAAAUCCUAAAGGAAAAACAACUUCAUUAUUUUUAAUGCGAAGAAGAAGCCUGUCAUUUAUUUGUUUAACCAUACCUAUGAAACUUUAGAAUAAAUUAUACCUUAAAAUAAGCUUACUAGUAUAUUAAGUACUUCUACGUUAAUAGAAACUGUGUAUAGA